AUGAGUAACCCAAAUGAUUAUUCUCUGGGUGUUGUUAUAACUAAUAUUAGUGAUCGUGAUUCGAUAGAUAGAAUCUUAAGGGCAGGUGUAGAAGAAAAUAUACAAGGUCAAUCCGAGGCUUACAUGGAGGAAGAGCAACACGAAGAUAUAUCGAGGUAUUAUAAAACAAGAAUUCAUCAUGUUGUUGUGCCUGAAGAUGGAGUAAAUAGUUCAACGAACAAAGAAGAGAUUUGUGGCAUCUGUCUUAACAAAUAUGAGAAUAAAGAGUCCAUUGGGACACUUGGGUGCGAACAUGAAUAUCACGAAUGCUGCAUCAAAGAGUGGUUGCUGAGGAAAAGAAAUUGUCCCAUAUGUCGAGCUUCUGCUUCCCCUUUCACAUCAGCAAAUUAA